CUCCAUUUUGUUGUCAUCACCUCUUUCACAAAAUCGAAAAUCCCACUUUUUCUUUUUUUGAGGCAGAGUUUGUAGAAGAACCCAUGGCUUCCUGCAGCACCACUUUCACCCCCGGCAUUCCAUCUUGCCGCAAUUUCACGAGAACAUUCCGUCCGUCGUCGCCGUCAUGGAGGAAGAGCAGAGUUGUUACUGCAAAACUUGCUCAGAAGAACGCAAUGCAGUACAGAAAACUCGGAGACUCUGAUCUUAAUAUAAGCGAAAUUACUAUCGGAACCAUGACAUUUGGAGAACAGAAUACAGAAAAGGAGGCUCAUGAAAUACUUAGUUAUGCAUUUGAUCAAGGAAUUAAUAUUAUUGAUACCGCUGAGGCUUAUCCUGUCCCAAUGAGAAAGGAGACUCAAGGAACGACGGAUCUCUAUAUCAGUAGCUGGAUGAAGUCCCAACCCCGUGAUAAGGUGAUUCUGGCUACAAAAGUUUGUGGUUAUUCAGAAAGAUCAAGUUACAUACGUGAAAAUGCGAAGGUUUUGCGAGUAGAUGCUGCUAAUAUUCGAGAAAGUGUAGAAAAAAGUUUGAAACGUCUCAAUAUUGAUUACAUUGAUUUACUCCAAAUACAUUGGCCAGACAGAUAUGUUCCAUUGUUCGGCGAGUUCUUUUAUGAAACUUCAAAAUGGAGGCCAAGUGUGCCUUUUGUUGAGCAGCUUAGAGCCUUUCAGGAACUCAUCGAUGAAGGAAAGGUGCGCUACAUUGGUGUUUCCAAUGAAACUUCAUAUGGAGUAAUGGAGUUUGUCCAUGCUGCAAAAGUUGAAGGAUUGCCAAAGAUUGUCAGCAUUCAGAAUAAUUACAGUCUGCUGGUUAGGUGCCACUUUGAGGUUGAUCUUGUUGAAGUAUGCCACCCAAACAACUGUAACAUUGGUUUACUUUCCUAUUCUCCACUGGCUGGUGGAACCUUAUCGGGGAAGUAUUUGGACAAUAAUUCUGAAGCUGCUAAAAAAGGAAGACUUAACCUAUUCCCAGGCUACAUGGAAAGAUACAAUAAAUCCCUUGCCAAGGAAGCAACUAAAAAGUAUGAAGAAGUGGCCAAGAAGCAUGGUCUAACUCUAGUUGAGUUGGCCCUAGGAUUUGCCCGAGACCGUCCCUUUAUGACAAGUUCAAUUAUAGGCGCAACUUCGGUGGAUCAAUUAAAAGAAGAUAUUGAUGCUUUUUUGACAACUGAGAGACCUUUGCCACCUCAAGUAAUGGAUGAUAUUGAAGACAUUUUCAAGAGAUACAGAGAUCCUGCUUCAAGAUAGCCUGCCAAUUUCACUUGUCAAAAAUUGUUCUCACUAUUGCAGAACUUGAUUUGAAUUUCUUGGGAGGGCUGGGAUGUUAAGAAAACAUCCGAAUUUACCACAAGAUGCCUUUUGUUUAUGCCUAUCUAUUGUGUACUGGGGGUAGGGGGAGAGCUUUUCAUCUUUGUCACAU